AUGUUCUGGUCCAAUCAGGCAGUAUUUGUAACAAUUAGUUCAUGCUUUUUAGCCUUCAUCAAUAUUGUUGUCAGGUCCCAAUUUACGGACAGAUACUCAUUGGACGACGAUAAAUAUGCGCGUUUGUCGUCACUGGACAAGGUACCAGCACCAGUGUACAAUAUCUCUGGGGGGGUCCGCGACCAAUUAUUACCGGUGGUGAAGAACAUCAACUUGAUGAUGAGCAGCACGAAGAAGAGUAAUUCUUUGCAGUUUUGUUCCUUCUUCAACAACAGAGCCCCCCAGGAACAACUUGCACUGAAGAAUUGCACAUGGUACAGCAAGAAUAGUUGCUGUCUGCAGCACGAAAUUGACGUGUCGUUCUCUCGAGUGAAGUCACUCAUUGGCGCCUCAGAGGAUUGCCAAAAGUACACUAACUACCUGAUGUGUUAUGUCUGCUCUCCAGAUCAGAAUCUCUUCUACAAGAAGGAAAGACUGACAGUUUGUGAACCUUUCUGCGAUCUGCUAUACGAGGCCUGCAAGUUUGCGUACUUGAAGGGCUACCAGAUUGCAGACCUCUACAGCACUGGAAAGGAAUUCUGCUUGAGUAGGAGGUUCCUGGUCGAGUAUCGCCAUGAUUGCUUCAACAUGCAUGACGUCAAUUUUGAAGCCAUGAAAUUUUCAUCAUCAUCAUCUUCAUCACCAAUCAACUUUAUCCAUAUUUGUGUUUUAAUUUUUGUAUCUACAAUUUUAUCAACUGGAUCUUUCAUUGGGAAAGAUUAUUUUAUGAGUGUUGGUGGUAGUAAAUUUAAAAUUCAUCAAACUACUGGCCGUGGUGUGUGCAUUUUAGUGAUCAUCUCAAUAUUUAUGCUAUCCGCUCAACACACCCAUGCUUUCAAAGUCAGCUUCGACGAUGUCCUCAACCUACGAAAGGAACUCUCAAAUUUUUUCAAGAAGUUGGAAGCAGAAACAUUAAAAAAUGAUCUUUACAAAAGCUUGCUGACAUCUCAAGUACCAGCCAAGAAGACAGGCAUUGAAGUGUUAAAUGAUGUCAAGAAGACGAUUGAGAAGUUUUUAGCAGACAAACGAACGACUUUGAAAUCACUAAGUGUCCAUCUGAGGAAUGCCCACAACAUCACAUUGUCAUCACAACAAACCAACAGCAGCGGAACUGCUAAUGAUACAAAUACUGAAAAUUUGCUUAAAAAUUUGAAAUUGCCUUUGUCUAUGAGAAGUUAUCGAAAUAAAAGUAUGGCAAGCCAGUUAAUAAUCCCCGAAAGUUUCGAUGAAUUGAACCAAGAGGUCAUUAACUUUUACGACUUCACCGAAAAAUUUGACGAACUGGCAAAAAAUUUUGUCGACCAGUAUACAAGAUCUGUGUACAUUGCAAGCAGAACAGGUCUAAUGAGGUUUUACUCUAAUCUGACCUUGAAAAGUCCGUUCGAUCCAAGGUCACAGCCCUGGUACAUGGGGGUCAAGGAAGCCCCGUCCCACGUCAUCAUCAUCAUCGAUACGAGUUUUACAGAUGAAAAAGACAGGGCGAGUUUCAAUAGAUCGAAGAAAAUAGCUCAGCUCUUGAUAAACAGCUUGGCCGCACAUCAGAGGGUUGCCGUCAUUUCGUCGGCCUCCAGGGCAUGGCAUAAUAAAGGGCUGCUGCAAGAUGGCAAUGCUACUAAUAUUUCGGAAUGUUUAAUUGAAACUUCAUCCAAACUGAGUAGAUUGAUGAAAGCAACGAAUGGAAACAAGAAGAUGCUGACGAAGGCCGUUGAAAUGUUAACUCCUUUCGGCGGAUCUGAUCACAAAAAUGGGUUCAUGUUGUCAUUUGAGUUGCUGGAGAGGCAGAAGCGAGUGCACAGGAAGUAUUUGGAUUGUAGGAGUGUUGUGCUGUUCGUCACUGACGGAGAUGAGAGUGAGUUCAGUCUCAGGUGCUCUGAAGGUUUUUACCAGUUCAACGAAAACAACGAAAGAAUUUUCCAGAAGGGCUCCAUGUGCGACUACAAGAAUGAUGAGUUGUUGGAUACGAUACAAUGGAGACAAUCAAGAAUUCCUGGGACUAAGGCGAAAAUUUUCACUUUCCUGACCAAAGAAUCAAAAAAAUGGCACCACAGUUUUUUCCCGGGCAAACUUGCAUGUCAAAAUAAUGGGGCCAUGUCCAGGGUCUACCACGACAGUGACCUCUUCAAUCAGAUGGCCCCCUACUUCGAUUAUAUAAGAGCCAGGGAAUAUUCCAUGGACCCUAUUCUUACCGGGCCAUAUGAAAGUUCAAUUGACGGCGAACCCAUCCUCACUCUUUCCAUGCCUCUCCUGCCUGGCAAUAACAUCAACGCCAAAAAGAUCAUAGGAGUGAUAGGGAUGGACAUCAGUCUGUCGGCCUUUGAAAGCCUUAUUCACGAGUACCACGACUUCACAUCCAUCAUAAAUUUGAACGACGGAGGCGCCAUCAUUCAUCCACUGCUUCCUAAAUCCUAUGAGGGUGUUGGCAAAUGGAUGGAUAUCCCUAUUAUGGAUUUGGAAAUGUACGAGGAGGAAGGUGAUAACGAAGGAACUGCAGCUGCAACGGCUACCACCCUAGCCACCGCCAACGACAAAUAUUACGACGACGACUAUGACGACGACAACGACGAUAAACACGACAAUCUCAUUCGAAACAACAACAAAUUCAAAAAAUCAGACCAUGACGCCUUUCCUUAUGUGCUGAAGAACAUGUUGAGGAAAAAAAACGGAAGUCACGUGAUCACUAGGGGGGUUAAUAUAGGGGUAGCCAUGAAAGAGGGGUACAUAUUGUGGAAGCCGGCUAAAUCGGCCUACUGUUUCUAUGAUAAGAUUAAUGACACCCACUUUGGGGUACUGCUGAAGGCCUACUCGCAAACAGCCGCCACCGGCUUCAAACCAACCGACCGCCUCUUUGAGGUGCUGGAUGACGACUCCACUAAGACUGUCUAUAAAAAGGAACAUCUCUUCAGGGAUAAAUCUACCCAGUGGCUUCAUACGUGGAUUUUUAGCACUCCUAGCAUACCAAUAACGUUGGACGCAUCGAGUAUAGUACUGGCCCCGUCGGCAUUCUGCCACUCCCACAUGAGUGGCAUGCAGUACAACAUAGACAAGGUCAUAGUUCAAGAGUCAAUCAACAAGAGGCCUAGAGAUGAUGAUAAAGUGAGAGAGGGUAGUGGUGAGAGUGAGGCAGAUAUUGACGGGGAGGAGAGCGAAGAAAGGUGGUAUGACGCUUUGCUGGGUAAGGAGAAGAAUUGUCUUAUAACUAAAGAGGCCAGGGUGGCCAUUCAGUUCUCGAAGAUGUUGACCUAUAGUUGGAGGCAGGCGAUGGCAAGGGACAGGAACCUGAGAUCCGUUUACAUGGCAUCUAUCGCUGGAGUCAUACGGCACUAUCCAGGUGUUCUAGUACCUGAGAACAGAGUUCUUCGACCAAUGAGAUACAAAUGGUUCUUGGACGCCGCCAUGCACACGUCAUCCUUGAACGUCAUCAACAACAGACUUCCGUUCACAACAAGUAACAACGUCAUCACAAUCUCCAGAACUGUCGAAGAGACAAAUUCGAAAAAUGAUGGCGAGAUAGUGAUGAGUUUGAGUGACAAGUUGGAUGGUCACAGGUUCAACACCCUUCAGCACGAGUUCAACUUCAUCUUUCGCUCACUGAUCAACAAGCACAUGAUUAAAGUGCACAAAAUAACCAGGAUACUACCAAAUUGUACCAAACCAACUACAGAAGCCGAUAAGGCCUCUGCUAGAUCGGCUGCAAAAGCGGCUGUGUCUGCUGCCACCGCUGUCCACCAUCCACCAAACGACACCGUACUUACUGCAUCUUUCACGCUAACAACUGUCACCACUGUCAGUGGGCCGCAGCACACCAGGGCCUGUAUGACCAUCGUCCAGCGACCCUACAUUGACCUUCAGAAGUUGAGGAAACUAAAUGGUGUCAUUUCAGGUUACUCCACUAAAGAGGUAAAGGAAAAUGGUGAAGUUAUUGCCGAUGACCCCUGCUACACGGGUGUGUUUUAUUUGACCUCUAUUGAGGGAACUGACCUACUUUUCUUGACCCUUAUCGAUGUUAAUAUCACAAAUUCGGAUUUUUGCAAAAACGAGAGGACAAAAUCACUGAAGGCUUUCGCCGAACACAUGAAGCCCUUGUGUCCGCUGCACGAAGCUUACUAUGCCACGAGGUCCAACUCAACCACGUGCCCCAACCCCAGGUUCAUCUCAUUGUACUGUUACUACAACAGAGCCGCUACUGACCAUGUGGCAAUUAAGUACAGGCUGUUAAUGUACAUGGUUGUCUAUCUAUCUGUCGUUCAUGCUUUCUUCGAGCACACUUUCUUGUUUGGAAUGUAUACAUUUUAA